ACAUACUUCCAUAUUGUAUUUUGUGAAAUCACACACCGGCAAGAUGAUGGCAGAUCCGUUCGAGGUGCGCAUGCGCUUUACAGCGCAGUUGCAGCAUCUAAGUGCUUCCAUCACGUCGUCGCAAAAAGCCGCCCAUUACGCCCUCAAAUACCGCGACUUAGACGAGGACCUUCACUCGUGCAUUCUAGAACAGCUUGAAAGAAAUAACAUGAAUAACAGAGCCAAUAUUAUGUACUUCGUUGAACACUUCUGCGAAAUGGCCACCAAAGAAAACCACCUACCCUAUGUUCGAAUGAUGCAGCGCGAUAUCCUACGAGUAGUCGAUUCCGUCGUCCCACCAGACGGCUCAGGAGCAGCAAACGUGAAGCAUGUCCGUCGAGUUCUCAGCGGUCUCCAAACCAAGCAAAUCCUCUCCGCCGAUUCGGUGGCUGAAAUCGACGCCGCUCUGAAAGAGCGCGAUACCCUUGAUCUUGAGCAUGAGGAAGGGGAUGAAGGCAGUGGGAAGCCGAAGACGGGGACGCCGCGAAAUUCUAGGCCCAAUGGGAUGCGUGUGGAUAAGAGGCAAAUUGAGCAGAGAAUUGAGGAGGACCGUGAGCGGAAUAAACGUCUGAGGGAGAGCAUGUGGACUGUUAGUGGAGACGAUGGAGAAGAGCAUGGGAGGUUCUGGGAUGAACUGAGUGAUGUUGGGGAGGAUGAUUUUGUGAAUGCGAACGAGGAGCAUAUGGAGCGAAAGCAAAUGGUGGUUGCCAGAUAAGUCGCAACCUCGACCACCCAAUGCGAUUUCUACAGGGCGUUGCGUGAGGUAUACUGGCAUGCAUGGAGUUCUUGGGCGUAUAGAACAUGAGUGUUUUUAUCGAUUUCUACAAUCGGAUGGCGUUAUAUACUGGGUUAUGCAUAUAUGAGAUACCAUGCAACCAUUUUGUCAUUCCUAUCUCUCCUCUCUACACCAUACAUUCAAUCUUGAAAGUUCUCAAUCUCCGAAAUUAUGCCGCGAUAACUCUCACCGCC